AUGGCAGCCACGGUUAGGCAGCGGCCAUCCAGGCAUAAAGAAGUGCAGCCCAGGAAAUGGAACCAUGUUCACAGGCAGCUUCGGCAGGUUGGCACGUGGCACGUGUCCCUGGACGUCAAGCACUUCACCCUCGAGGAGCUGACAGUCAAGAUCAAGGAUGGCGUGGUGGAGAUCACCCGCAAGCAGGAGGAGCGGCAGGAUGAGCACGGAUUCAUCUCCAGCUGUUUCACCCGGAAAUACACGCUGCCCCCUGAUGUGGACCCCACCCAGGUCUCCUCCUCCCUGUCUCCUGAGGGCAUACUGACCGUGGAGGCCCCCAUGCCCAAGCCAGCCACACAGUCCAACGAGAUCACCAUCCCUGUCACCUUCGAGUCGCGGGCCCAGCUUGGGGACCCAGAAGCUGCAAAAUCCGACCAGUCUGCAGCCAAGUAAAGCCUUAGCCCAGAUGCCCACCCGUGCCGUCGCCACUGGCCAUGCCCACCCCCCCACCUGUGUGUUCUUUUGUUACGUUUAUCUGUUUUUCUCAAAGUUUGAAGCAACCCCC